GCUUUACGAUACACGACUGUUCGCAUUUUCUCUAUAUCCUACACAGACGCGUUUGUUUUAACAACCAGCCACCGUGGUCUCGGCAAUGAACAUGUUAUCAGGUUGACAAAAUGCAGUCAGAAGAUAGGACACUAAACGGUUCAGGGAGGGCUUGUGUCAGGAUCACAUUCAUACAUAUCAAGUAGCAGACUGCUACAACAGGAAAUUCUUUGCAUCACUUAGAGUCGCAUCAAAAUACAGAAUGGUUGAAUUGACGGAACAAACGAAAGAUGGAGCGGCGAAAGUGGUUUUUAUGAUUGUAGUUUUCAUCGCAGCCACAGCUACAAGAGGUGACUGGCUUCUGUUUGUUGUGUACCUAAGCAAAUCACAAUGGCAGACGUUAAUUGACACCUCCAGCCUGAACGAAGUGGCCAAUGUUUCCGUCUCUUCAGAGGACGUGGGAGUACUUGAGAGGUGGAAGUUACAAAACCUGCCACUGUUCCUCCUGUUAGCUGUGACGUCAUCGUUUGUCAUGUACUAUGGCGUUGCUUUUGGAUUUAUGUGGUUCUUUUACAUCAAUCGUCGAGACAAGGCCCACGAGUGGAAAUGCCAACCGACCAAGUUCUUGACGCCGUCCAAUGAGAGGCAUGAGAUUCUUCUUGGGUCUUCCAACAUGCUGUUUGGGUCAAUGGUGUCGGGAGUUAUUGCCUGUUAUAUCACAAACGGUGGAUACAGCAAGAUGUAUUAUGGGCUUUCUGAUUACGGCUGGAGCUACCUGCCCCUUUCAGCAUUUGCAAUGUUCAUGUACAACGACUCUCUAGCCUACUACCUCCACCGCUUGUUUCAUAACCCGUUUCUGUACCGGCAUAUCCACAAGGUGCAUCACCGCUACCAUCAGCCUACAGCUUUCUCUGCGGUAGCCAUGCAUCCGGCAGAGUUUGUCCUGUACCAGGGUUAUUUGGCAGCCAUCCCAUUCAUGGUUCCUAUACACCCAGCCGUCUUUGUAACUGUUCUACUCUACACUUACUAUUACGGACUGAUGGAUCAUUCCGGGGUGAAAAUGGACGCAUUUUGGCCAUGGCAACCGCCUUCGCAAUUCCAUGACAACCAUCACAAGUAUUUCCAUGUAAACUUCGGUUUCAACUCCUACCUGUUUGAUUGGCUGCAUGACACCAUUGACAAACCGAACAGAGAAUAUGCAGAGGAUAUCUUCGGAGGUUUUGGCCGACCUAAGACCGAGUCAAAGGCAAAAGCUAAAUCCCUAAAGAUGUCAUAAUUCCUAAAGCAGUUUUAGAUAUAUUUAUUUCGUUGUUUUAGUAUCAUUCCCGAUAGCAAAUGCUAUAUUUUUUUUCAUUAUGACGUGCACCAAUUCUCACUACAUGCUUAUACAUGCACAAAGUUUGGCAACAGGUUAAACGUUCAUUUUUCUUCAUAAGAACUGCUUCAAUCAUGCAUGUACAAAUACACUCUCUUACAUCAUGCUGUGAUCUUUUGUGAUAUUAUACUCAUAUUUACAUCAAUCAGCACAUUAAUGCAUUACUACAGUAGUUGAAUCAUUACCUUCUAGUCGAAUGUUUUCACGGUGUAAUUGUUAUAGGCCAAACAGAAUACAAGAAUCAAAAUUUUGCCAUCGCUUUGUAAUGGAUCCUAGCAAGUAGCACCAUCGUUAAAAUUGCGUUACUCGCUCUAAUUGCUUUUAAUAAUUUGAUUUCUUUGUUUGGCAAAUUCAAUGUAUUUCUUAUUUUGUUGUGUCGGUUACACGACAGCUAUACUGAUCUUCUCCUAUGUACUUAAUACUAUUAUUUGUCUUAUAUAUCAUAGUGAGUUUCAAUGUUAUAAAUGAUAAAUUUGAAUGAAGAUAUAUUUUCCUUCAAAGAAAAUAAAUCGGAUUGAAUUUAUUUGAAACAUUGACAUGAAUAAUAACAGAGCUAUUUUUAAAACUACAAAGUUGAAUGACGAUUAUUUACCCCAUCCGAAAGGAAUCUGACUGACUUUGUUAUUUAUUACAAAUUGGCGCAUGUAUACUGAUGAUAUUUAAUUCAGAAAUUUGUUUAUUUAUUUAUUUAUUUAUUGUAUAACAUAUAAAGAUGCAGUGCAUUAUACUCUGUGAAGAGUUCGGACAGUUUUAUCAAACGUUGCCAUAUUCCAUGGUUCACUGAACGUCCUAUACAUGCAAUGCUAGCAUAUUGUCAAUAGUAUCCAACGAUGUAAUGUAAGAAACAUAUCAUUACACAAAACAAACAAAAUAUUGUAGAAUACCUAAAAUCAAUCGAUAAUGAAUUGCCGAAUAUCUGCUUUGGAAAAGCGAGAGUGAAAAAUAAAAGUAAAUUCUAUCUUACAAAUGAAAUUCAAGUAAUACUCAAAAACCAUAUUUUUUAUUAAUUUCAUUUUAAACGCGAAAAAUAGAAGGAAACAAAUUUAUGCGGCAAAAAGUGCAUACUUUAUUACCAUGAUAUUUAAUGUCGCAAUUCCAGUUUUCCACGUUUGACAAGAUCGUGUCAUUUUGAAAGGACUGCUCAACCUAAUUUCUACUUUUUUUCCUGUUGUUUCCAUUGUUCAGAACACUGUUAUCAACUAAAUAUUUUCGAUAAUUACAAAGCAUAGCUUUGAUUGCUAACUUGCAACUAAACAAUAUUUUGUGAUGAAACAAGAUUCUUAUUAUCACUAGAGAUUAUAAAUUUUCAACUUCCAGUAAAAAGUAAAACAAAACUGCACACAAUGACAGAAAUCUUCGAUAAUAUCAUGGGUUGGUUGGUGUAUAAACCACAGUUUAAAGGAAAAUCGGCUGAGGGAGAAUAUCCUCCAAUGAAUAUAUACCAGAGAUUACUGACAGUUUCACAAUAAGUAAUAUGUUGUAUGAGAUAUUUAAUCUGAUUGCGCCUUACUUGAAUUAGAGGUUAUGUUUGAGUUACUGGAUAAUGGAAAUAUAGAACAGUUAGGUUUAUCUUAAUGUUUAAUGUUAAUUUGUAAUGAGAAAAUCAGAAAGUAUACUUGAAACAGCCAUGCAUGUAUGGUAAUUUUGAUAAUUACUUGUAUUUAAAGUAAAUAGAUGACAUGUAUUGCAUCUGAAUUCUAAAAAAAGCUUCUUUCCAUCUUGAAUCCAAAUCAACGAGCAAUUUGUAUAUUAAUUAAAACAUAUCAAAUAUGACAAAGGAAAAAAAUAGGAUUACCUGAUUAUCAAUGUCUCUGAAUGCUAUCAUGUAUAUUGGUGAACUAGUAUCCAAUACAAUGUAAUUACACAAAUGUAUGUACGCCAGCUGAUUAAGUAAGUGUACUAAAUCUAUAAAUAUAUAGGGGAUACGUAAUUGUCAAAACUUCAACAGUACAGAACAAUGCAUACACUGGUGUAACCUCUGAUUGGAUAUUUUAUUUCAUAACAUUAUAAUAUUAAUGAUAUUUACUCCCCUCUAAAGGUGGAUAUUUUAUUUCAUAACAUUAUAAUAUUAAUGAUAUUUACUCCCCUCUAAAGGUGCUACGUUAAAUGUCGUAGUAAUACUUGAGGAUAGCUGUGGAGAACUUUUAUGUAUACUUAUUUGUAUCAUCGUGAAUCUCUGUCUGUAUGAAGAAUUCAUUUUCUACCAAAAUGAAAUCUGAUUGAGUUGACAUGAGACGUUUGCAUAAUGGAAGCCACAAAUGCUUGUUAAGGAGGAAAUCGUGUCAACGUUUCAUACAUGAUUUGUAGUAUUAACUGGACUACAAUGGCAUGUUAAUUGCGAUUUUGUUUUGGGUAAUUUAUCGAACACGUUUAUUUUCUUAUGUUUGAAAUUUAAACAGGCAUAUUUCUUUGUUUUGGUGCACUUUGUUCUGUGUACACCAUUUUUAUUGGGUACUUUUGUCUCCUUGUUAUGUAUGUACUUUAUUGAGUUUUUUUUCUGCUUCUAUGUAUACAAGUCACUUUAUGCAGAACUUGCGUCACCUUUAUUUUGUUGUUUGUUUAACAAUUGUGUUGAUGCAGGAUUUGCAUUAAAUGUGACAAGACUAUAGAUAAUCGUCUUCAUUUUUUUGCUGCCUUUGUCAUAUUCGUAAAAAUCGUAGUACAAACUUGUAUGAUUAUGAUAGAAUUUAUAGUGUGGUGACCAUGUCGUGGAAAUAUCCCAACGUUUAUGAUUUCAAACAUCUAGAUGGAUUGGUAUACAUUAUAUCACUGAUUUGUUAACAAUAUUAUCAUAAAUAUGCACUGUUUAGUAUAAUGUAUCUUAUAUAUCGUAGAACGCCUUAUGAACAUGUGGAAUGUUACUUGCAAUGUUAUUAAUAAUAGAUUUGAAUGAAGAUAUAUUUUUCACCAAAGAAAAUAAAUCUGAUUGAAUUUAUUUGAAACAUAGACAUGAAGAAUAGCAAUUACAUUUGAAGAUACUAAGUUGAAUGACGAAUAUUUACUCCCAAGCGAAAGUAAUCUGACUGACUUUGUUAUCUAUGACAAAUUGGCGUGUAUGAAUUUUAAUUGUUUAAGGCUACAUGUAUUUGUAUAAAGAUGUAGUGUGUUUAUGAUCCAUCCUGCUUUGUGAAGAGAUCGGACAGAUUUUAUCACUGAGUUUAAAGUUAAAAAUUAAAUGUAUCCGACGUCGCUAUACUUCACGGUUCAUUGGGACAUUUUAUACAUACAAUACGAACACAUUUUAAUCCAAUCCAACAUAAAAACAAUAGAUUCUAAAAGUUUUUUUUCCAUAAAAGAGCGCGAGUACAGAUGAAGGUAAAUUCUGCCUUACAAGUAAAAUAUAAGUAAUAUUUAACCAGAAAUCAUUUAAGUUACUAUUCCUUUCUUUCUAAAAAAAAAAAAAAUAAUAAAAAAAAUAAUGAAGGAUUUUCAUAUAA